GAAGAGGACCCUCCGUACUAUAUCUUGCUAUCGAUGAGAGUAGAAGCAGUAGAGCCAGUUUCCACGUCUGUGAGGGUGGAGACCAGCGUGGAGUUUGCUGACCGACGGAUCGAAUCUGCGUGUGAGACGGCUUGGAGGUACUGGGCCGCGAACAGCGGCUUUGACUGCUUUUUGGAGUUUGUAAAGAUGGAGGAAGAUGGAGAGGAACCCCUCAGUGCGAUGGGGGAGCUCAUUUUUGGGCGAGGAGGAGACCACGCCGCCACGCCAAGUGUCGUUGACCGCGAUGAACGACAUUGCAGUAACUAUGAGCGUGAGGAGAUGCGCAGGUGGUUUUGCUUUUACAUCUGGUAUCAACAACAGGCAGACUCUACGAUAAGCCACUCGGUCUAUAGAGAACACGACGAAGGAGGCUCGCCCUCUUCCAUCAAA